CGAUGAAGGUGGAACGAAUAGAGCUGGCGUGACCUACAAAUGGAUUGGUGACGGCUUGUGCGAAAGUGUUAUUUGUGAUAUAAACUAAUAAAUAGUGUUUAAAAUGACUCCUCUAGUUUUACUGUUCGCUUUAGCGCUCGGACAUGUUACCGCGGGGGUGGUAGAACUUAAUUGUAGUGAUAAUGCUACUUGUAUAGAACACAUGUUGAAGCAGACAGCGAGGAGUUUGAGGCAACAGAAGACCGUUAAGUUAUUCGACACGAUAACGAUAGAACCUUUAAAAAGGAGGCAAGCGAGAUCGCAUGAUGGACCGUUGGCGAGGUUCUCGAAGAGUCAUGCAUUUAGUUUCGAUUGGAACGACUUCGAGUUCAGGCUAACCAGACCGGAAGGUAGAAGUGAUGUUCUAGAUUUGGAGGUCUACGAGAGCAGGGAUGCUAAAGGUAAGUCAAAUAUUUUAAGAGAUUUAAAUUAGUUGAAAUCUUAAAAAUAAGACGGUGAACAUGACGAAGUAUUAAAUGUAUGACUUAAAUAUCUAUUCUUAAUGAAAAAUUCUUGACAAAUCAUUUUCCCUUAAAACCUUUUGUAAUCCGGGUGACUACUCUAGUAACUGAUCACUCAGGACCUAACCCGACUGACGAAUUUUUCAAGAUCUUGUUACUUUUUCGCUACUACAGAGCGUAUUUUCAUCAAUGUUCAGGCAAUCUACCCAAACAGCUGAAAGAAAUAUUUUUAUAAAUAUUUUAAACUUUCGAUAAAUCCAGUUAGAGCAGUCGCCAGGAUUUCGAAAGGUCAUGGGUUCGAGUUCCAUCUCAGAGUGCGAGGACAAAGUGGAUUUAUAAGCAUUUUUCAUCAACAAUAUUUUUCAGUAGAGCACCGGGAAUGCAAAACUGAUGAAAUAUAAAAAUUAGAACAAAUUUUCAUUAUUAUCGAUAGUUUCAAUAUUUGUAAAAAUAUAUUUUAUAAUUUUGAUGUUAAAUUUUGUUGUUUAUUAAAAAAAUGAAGAAAUGUUUUUCCAUUCGUCAAACAUUGCUAACGGUCAUGAACAUAAACGUCACACAUCAUUACCUUCAAUGAACUGUAUUGAGUGAUACGAUGCUUGCUUGCAAUGUUAUGGAAACAAGCCUCCUAAUUGGCUAAGGAUCGUCCAAGCAAACAUUGUAAUUUCGUCUUACUACGAAUGUGGUUAUGUCAAACUAUGCGAUGCUUUUAUUUGUCGGUGUCUCUACUUACCUUUCUUGACACUAGGGCGUUCGAACAAAGCAGAAAUAUCAUUGAGACUACGUAAAGUAAAGAUUUUAAAAUAUUCAGUAUAAUUAAAUAAUAUAUUAUAUUUAAAGAGAAUUCCAAAUGAAAUGCAGUGGGCUAAGACUUUUUUAUAUAAUCACACAAUAAAAGUGUGAAGAAAUGCAGUGGGCUAACGAUAUUUUUCUAUAUAAUCACACAUUAAAAGUGUAAAACGACUUUAAAUUAUUUGGAAUUAAAGUCGUAAGAUGGCUUUAUACAAUUUUAGAUCUCGAUAUAAUCUGUUUUCUUUUGGAGUGAUAUAAGUUUAUAUUUAUGUGAUAUAAGCGUAUGUACAAAAGUUGCUUUACUUUGAAGUACACCCUCAAGUUGUUUUACUUUGAGUUGGACUUUGACAAAGGAAGUUUGUUCAAAAAGAAAAUGUUAUAAAUAUAAAAAAUAUACUAAAACUAUAAAAAGGCUUUAUUUUAGUCGCGGCAAUGAUAUUAUUUUACUUUAAAUAAUUGAUAUAAUAAAAUUUAAAUGGUUACUAAACGAAAGUUUUUGAAAUGAAAAAAUGCGUUGGUAUCGGCGCACUUAA